AAGUAUUUUGCGUUCCUACAGUUAAGUGGAAGCUCAAGACUGCUUUUAACAAGCUAUAAGUUCAAGAUUUACGUGAUGGAAAAAUAAUUUCUUGACCAUCUCCAUGGCGAGCACCAGCCUCUGAGAGAUUGGAUGGUAGGUGGAAGCGUAAAGCAAAUUCCGAGAAGCUGAAGCGGAAGAAGAAUACACGCGGCUUAAACACGGAAGCCGGAAGACCGAUCAGAGGCUGUGAGGCUGGUGACUGACGUCAAUGGAACGAAGAUAGGUACGAGAUGACUGCUGUUCGACAUAAUCAUUCUUCUGCCAUUAACACUGAUGUCGAAGGAGGAAGAAGCCUCAAUUUUCUCCUCCUGUGCCUUGUUAUCUUGGUCUGGUGCUUCCGUUUGGAUUCGCUUUGAUGAUAUUGCAAUUCCUGGUUUGAUUAUAAACAUACAGUGUUCUAUAUGAUAGGAUUGGAGGAUACUGAGUCUAAGCUCCCGAGGAAAAAAAACGAAUUGAAAUUUAUAAUUUGUUCUGAUUAAAAAAAGAAAGAAAUUUAUAAUUUAGUAAAAAAUUGAUUGAUAUGUUUAAAUUUGUUUUGGACGAAACGACAUACCCUAAUUGUCGUGCGUUCUAUCUCCCUCCUUCCGCUGCUUUCCCUCCUUCUCUUCGCAGGUACUUUUCCUGUCCUCCGUUUUCUUCUUCUAGAAUCUGGACGCUGGUCCCCUUAGCUAUUUUGUGAAGAUGAUGAGAGAUUAUUGGUUCUUUCCUUAGCGACCAUAUAUGCAAAUGCAUUUUCUGUUCUGUUUAUUUCCUUUGAUUCCUUCAGUGAAAGCGUUGGAAAUAUCGAGUGGAUUUUUCUCUGGUGCAUGUUUUCUGUCUCUUUUUGUGCUGGUCUUACUGAACUCCGUUAGGUUUCUCGUAAAAUUGAUAUGUUUUUUGUGGAAUCAAAAAUCCUCACCGUUAUCUUCUGGUUUUAGUAUAGAAGAAAAAAGAAAGCAAGAAUCGUAUGCUGCCACUCUCUUUUCCAUACUAAUUCAGUUUCCCCUUCGCAGUGAUGGGAAGCAUUUAAUAGUCUUGGGUUUGAAGAGUGUCACUCUCUGUUAGCGAGAAGGAAUGACUGAAACAAAACGACGACCAAUUUAUUAAUUGAAAGAAUGAUCUUUUGAUAUCGUUCCUCUUUUUACGUGUUAUGACUUCUCAAAUACCGUUUUCCUGAAGAUAUUGAUCAUUUUUAUAUUUUUCGAUGGUGAGUAGUGUGUUAAGCUAAUAUUUGGUGCCUACCCUGUAGGUCAUAUUUUCUGCGUAAUAGUACUAUAGACAAUGAAUGAUGAAUGGGAAUGAUUCAUAGGUAAAACUAAUGGUGAGUUGUGACAAUGUCAGGAUCUAGAAGCUUUCCUUUUUUCUUCUCGUUCUUUUUUUUUUGGUUUUAUUUUUUUAUUUUGCCAGCGCUUUCUUUUUUCUUUAUAUUGAAGACAUUUACAAAUUGCAUCUUGAAUAUAAGAGAGAAGGAAAGAAGGCAUGGGAUAUUGUGCUAAACUAUUGACCUACAAAACAAAAGAUCAGGUGAGAACCAUGUGGUCAAAUGAUGAAUUCUACUACUUUGAGGAUUUAGUAAAUAGCCAUUUGGAUCCUUUAGAUGGAUACAUAGAUCAGUAAGGUAAAAGAAAAGGAAAGUUAUGCUUCUUGAAAAAUUAAUGGUUGGAGUGUGAAUAAGAUGGUUCAUAGGGUAACUUAUGCAGCUUUUGGGGGAGGAGAUCUUGAAUAAAUCAUACAGUAAAAAGAUUGUGUAUAAGUUUGUCUUGUGAUAACUGCUUUAGUUGAAUUGCUGAAAACCAAAGAAGUUCGCUCAUGAGUGUAUGAAGUAAUUACAUUAAAUAUAAUGAUAAAGAUCCUGAUUUCAUUUAGCUGAAAAACUUUGAAUUUUUUGAAUUUUUACUGUAUAAAUCUUUAUGGAGGUUGUUGCUUCUGUAAUAUGUUGUGUGAAAAUAUGGCUAUGACUGUGUAGUGUGUACAGAGACAAACUUGAGAGUAAAAAUUAAAUGGAAGAAAAGGUAUGUGUCAAAGAAUAAUGUUGCUGAAAGCUAUAUUGAUCUUUUUAGCGUUUUAAUAGAUACCUUUUUAAAUGAAAUUUCUAAACCUGCUUUAAAUUAACCUAAACGCAUCCUGUUCAAUGGUUUUACAUAGAUCCAGUGAUCAAAGUGCAGUCAAGGAAAAAAAACAAAAGAAGGAAGAAAAAUUGGCUUGAAAAUGUUAGAUUUGGGUCUCUGACAUGACAAGUUCAGUAGUAAGCAAUGAUAAUCUUUCUGCUCUACCAAAAGGUGCCUUUUCAACUCAAAGCUCUACACCUAAUUUGGCAAUACAUCCAGAUGAGCACUCUCUGGAUUCUGUAAUGAGGCAAUCUCAGGUUGAAAAUGUAUCAAUAGAGAAGAGUGAGCAUGAAAAUGCCUUAGAUAAAUCUCAGAUCAUGACAAGUGUAGAAGUAAGCUUGAGAAAGGAAAGAAGAAGAAAGAAGAGGCGUGAGAAAGGACAUGAUGCUAUUGAAAGCAAUGAUCAUCUUUCUGCUGUAGUAAAAGAUGCGUUUUCAACUGAAACCUCUACAGCGGCUGCGCCUCCAACACAUCUAGAUGAGCACUCUUUGGAUUCUGUGAUGAGGCAAGCUCAGGUUGAAAAUGCAUCAAAAGAGAAGAAUGUGCUUGAAAAUUACUUGGAUAAGUCUCAGAUCAUGUCUGGCAAAGAAGUAAGCUUGAAAAAAAGAAGAAAAAGGAAGAGGCAAGAGAAAGGAAAUGAUGCUACUAAAAGCAACGAUAAUCUUUCUGCUGUACUGAAAGACGCCUUAUCAACUGAAACAUCUAAAGCUGCACUGGCUGUGCCUCCAACACAUUCUGAUGAACACUCUCUGCAUUCUGUAACGAGAAAAUCUCAGGUUGAAAAUGCAUCAAAAGACCAGAAUGUGCUUGAAAAUUACUUGGAUAAGUCUCAGAUCAUGUCUGGCAAAGAAGUAAGCUUGAAAAAAAGAAGAAAAAGGAAGAGGCAAGAGAAAGGACAUGAUGCUACUAAAAGCAAUGAUAAUCUUUCUGCUGUACUGAAAGAUGCCUUAUCAACUGAAACAUCUAAAGCUGCGCUGGCUGUGCCGCCAACACAUUCUGAUGAACACUCUCUGGAUUCUGUAACCAGGAAAGCUCAGGUUGAAAAUGCAUCAAAAGACCAGAAUGUGCUUGAAAAUUACUUGGAUAAGUCUCAGAUCAUGUCUGGCAAAGAAGUAAGCUUGAAAAAGAGAAGAAAAGGGAAGAGGCAAGAGAAAGGACAUGAUGCUACUAAAAGCAAUGAUAAUCUUUCUGCUGCACUGGACAAUGCCUUAUCAACUGAAACAUCUAAAGCUGCUUUGGCUUUGCCUCCAACACAUUCUGAUGAACACUCUCUGGAUUCUGCAAUGAGGAGAGCUCAGGUUGAAAAUGUAUCAAAAGACAAGAAUGUGCUUGAAAAUUCCUCAGAUAAAUCUCAGAUCAUGUUAGGCACAGAAGUAAGAUUGAAAAAGAGAGAAGGAAGAAAGAAGAGGAAAGAGAAAGGACAUGAUGCUACUAAAAGGAAUGGUAAUCUUUCUGCUGUACCAAAAGAUGCCUUUUCAAUUGAAACCUCUACUGCUGCUUUGGCUGGGCCUCCAACACAUCUAGAUGAACACUCUCUGGAUUCUUUGGUGAGGCAAUCUCAGGUUGAAAAUGCAUCUAAUGAGAAGAAUGUGCUUGAAAAUGCAUCAGAUAAAUCUCAGAUCGCGACAAGUGUAGCAGUGGGCUCAAGAAACAAAAGAAAACGGGAGAAGAGACGAGGGAAAGGAUAUGAUGCCAGUGAAAGCAAUGUUAAUAAAGCUGCUGUUCCAAAAGACACCUUAUCAGUUAACACUUCUGCGGCUGCUAUGGAUCUGCCACCUCUACAUUCAGUUCAAUACCCAAUGAGUCCUGUAAUGAGACUGUCUCGGGAAGCCAAUGAAGAGGUACAGAAUAUAAUUGGAAAGGCCACAGAUGGACCUACAACUGUGGCCAAUGAAAAAGUAAGUUUAAGAAAGAAAAAUAAAAAGAGGAAGAGGAGAAAGACUGGGUGUAAUGAUAUUGGAUGUGUUAUCAAUCAUUUUGAAGUUCCAAAAGAUACAUUUGCUCCGGAUCUAGUAAUGAGUCAAUGUCAGGAAGAAAACCAAGGAAAGGAUCAAAAUAUGGUUGAAAAGGCUACAGAUGGAUCUCUGGCUAUGCCAAAUGCGGAAGUGAACCCAAGAAAGAAAAAUAAAAGGAUGGGAAAAAGGAGGAAGACGAGACAUGAUUCUUUACAAAGCAAUGUCAAUCUUUCUGGUGUUUCAAAAGGUGACAUUUCUCAUUCAACAGUAGUCAGUAAGCAUGGUCAUUCUAAGGUAUCGCAUUCUUCACUGGGUAGAGCCAUAUCAAGCUACCCAAAAAAGAAGCUUCUUGUACUUGAUCUUAAUGGGCUGCUUGCUGACUUUGUCCUUGGUGUUCCUGAGGGUUACAAACCUGACAAAAAGAUACAUAACAAAUCAGUUUUCAAGAGGCCUUUUUGUGAUGAUUUUUUGCAGUUCUGUUUUGACAAAUUUCAUGUCGGUAUUUGGUCAUCAAGAAAACGGCAGAACGUUGAUGCUGCAAUCAAAAUUCUUGUGGGGGUUUCAGCAUCCAAACUGCUUUUUGCCUGGGAUCAACGUCAAUGUACUGUGACAAAAUUUCGGACCAUCGAGGACAAGAACAAGCCCCUUAUGUUGAAGGAACUGAGGAAGUUGUGGGAAAAGGGCAGGUCCGAUCUUCCAUGGAAGAAGGGAGAGUUCAACGAGAAAAAUACUUUGUUGUUGGAUGACUCCCCUUACAAAGCGAUCCGGAAUCCAAUGCACACAGCAAUAUUUCCUUAUUCUUACCGGUUCAGCGACAACAAUGACACAUCAUUAGGACCUGGAGGUGAUCUUCGUGUUUAUCUUGAAGGAUUGGCUAUGGCUGAGAAUGUUCAGGAGUACGUGGCUUCUCAUCCAUUUGGUCAACCACCCAUAACAGAAUCAAAUCCACACUGGAAUUUUUAUUGUUUAGUUAGAGAUCAAGGCUUAGUCGCAAGAAAAAGAAACAGAAAGAGGAGAUCGACAUAAUCGCCGUCGGCUUUGUUGUCUGUAACGCCAUCCAUUGAAUUUUGAUUUUAAUAUUCUUUUGUCAUAAUUUUUUUGGGGGUAUAAUCAUCUCAUAUUCAUACUAUCGGUUUAGAUGUGAGCUUUGCCAAGUCUAAUUGGGGAAAAUUUUGCUAACAGGAUUUUUUCCCCCAUCCUCAAUGUUCAAACCUGGGCCAAGAUAUAAUUUUCAUUCGAGUAUUUGAUUGCGAUGUAUUUUCAACAUUAGAAGGUCUCAUCAUAUAUUGUUUCCUCUCUCGUUGCUUA